UCCAACAAAGCUCUACUGACUGACUGUAACCUCUCAGAGAGAAGCUGUGCAGCUCUGUCCUCAGUUCUCAGCUCCCAGUCCUCUAGUCUGAGAGAUCUGGACCUGAGUAACAACAACCUGCAGGAUUCAGGAGUGAAGCAGCUUUCUGCUGGAAUGGAGAGUCCACAUUGCGGACUGGAAACUCUCAGUCUGUCAGGAUGUCUGAUCACAGAGGAAGGCUGUGCUUCUCUGGCCUCAGCUCUGAGUGCCAACCCCUCCCAUCUGAGAGAGCUGGACCUGAGCUACAAUCAUCCAGGAGACUCAGGAGAGAAGCUUCUGUCUGCUGGACUGGAGGAUCCACACUGGAGACUGGACACUCUCAGACUGGAUCAUGGUGGAGAACAGAGGCUGAAACCUGGUGUGAGGAAGUAUUUCUGUGAACUCACUCUGGACACAAACACAGCACACGAGAAACUCAAACUGUCUGACAACAACAGGACGGUGACAGCAGUGAAAGGGAAGCAGUCAUACCCUCAACAUAAAGACAGGUUUGAUUGGUGGCAUCAGCUGAUGUGUACCGAUGGUCUGACUGGUCGCUGUUACUGGGAGGUUGCGUGGAGAGGAGAGGUUUAUAUAUCAAUUACUUACACAGGCAUCAGAAGGAAAGGACGCAGUUUUGACAGCAGAUUUGGAAGGAAUGAUCAGUCCUGGAGUCUGAGGUGCUCUGAUGGUCAUUACUCUGUUUGGCACAUAAACAGAAAUACAGACCUCCCCGCCUCCUCCUCCUCCUCCUCCUCCUUCUCCUCUUCCUCCUCCUUUGUCUCUAACAGAGUAGCAGUGUAUGUGGACUGUCCUGCUGGCACUCUGUCCUUCUACAGAGUCUCCUCUGACACACUGAUCCACCUCCACACCUUCAACACUACAUUCACUGGACCUCUGUAUGCUGGGUUCGGGUUAGGUCCUGGUUCCUCAGUGUCUCUGUGUUCAGUGUAG